AAAGAAACUAGGGUUUUCUUUUUGGUCUUCGGAGUCUUUAUAAAACGCCUCUCAAUUCUGCUUCUACUCGAAUCAGAUCUCAUCGGUGUAGCGCCAAUCAGAUCUUGCUUUUGGUUUUACUUGGGGAUAGUACUGAUUACUUCUGUAGUUGAAAAUGAGUCGGCCAAUGGAAGAAGAUACGGUAAAGAAUGAGGAAGAGGAAUUUAACACAGGACCACUGUCCGUUCUGAUGAUGAGUGUUAAAAAUAACACUCAGGUUCUCAUCAACUGCCGUAACAAUAAAAAACUUUUAGGCCGAGUGAGAGCCUUUGAUCGACACUGCAACAUGGUUCUGGAAAAUGUCAGGGAGAUGUGGACUGAGGUACCAAAGACUGGGAAAGGGAAGAAAAAGGCACUUCCAGUUAACAAGGACAGAUUCAUCAGCAAGAUGUUCCUUAGGGGAGAUUCUGUUAUAAUUGUUCUUAGAAAUCCUAAGUAAAUGUGGUACAUUAGGUUCUGGGAUUUUGGGCUUUACCCUUCUAGUUUCUGUAUUGUCCUUAUCCCCACCCCCAUUUGCUAUUUCAACCAACAACACUGCUUUGAGUUACUGAAUCUACUGUGGAGUAUUUGUAUGGUUGUAAAUGACUGAUUCUAGUAAACUUGACAGAAGUUUUCUUGUGA